UUUUUUUUUUUUUUUGAGGCAGAGCUGGGCUGGUGGCUGUUUCAAUCAAAGGAAAGGCAGAGAGGGAAGGGAGGCUCUGCGGAGAGAUGUUAAGAUGGCAGAGCUACAAAUGUUGUUAGAGGAAGAGAUUCCGGCCGGUAAAAGAGCGCUCGUGGAGAGUUACCAAAACCUGACGAGAGUAGCAGACUACUGCGAGAACAAUUAUGUCCAGGCCCAGGACAAGAGGAAAGCUCUGGAGGAAACCAAAGCCUACACCACCCAGUCCCUGGCUAGCGUGGCCUACCAGAUUAAUGCCUUAGCCAACAAUGUGCUGCAGCUGCUGGACAUCCAGGCCUCGCAGCUGCGGCGCAUGGAGUCUUCCAUCAACCACAUCUCUCAGACGGUGGACAUCCAUAAAGAGAAGGUGGCCAGACGAGAGAUCGGGAUCCUGACCACUAACAAGAACACAGCAAGGACUCAUAAGAUCAUAGCGCCGGCCAAUAUGGAGCGGCCAGUCAGGUACAUCAGGAAGCCAAUUGACUACACUCUACUGGAUGAUGUCGGCCACGGCGUUAAGUGGCUAAAAGCCAAGCAACAUGGAAACAAUCAGUCGAUCAGAGGAGGAACACUAUCGAGGACCAAUCCGCCGACGCAAAAGCCGCCCAGUCCGCCGAUGUCUGGGCGUGGCACGCUUGGACGCAACACGCCCUACAAGACCCUGGAGCCAGUGAAGCCGCCCACGGUUCCCAAUGACUACAUGACCAGCCCCGCCCGACUAGGCAGCCAGCACGGACAGCAGCAGAGCCCCGGGCGCACGGCGUCGCUCAGCCAGAGGCAACGCACGCACAGUGGAAGCAGCGGGGGCAGCGGCAGCAGGGAGAACAGCGGCAGCAGCGGAAUUGGCAUUCCCAUCGCCGUGCCUACACCCUCCAUCCCCAACUCUGGACCAGUCCCAACCAUGCCUGCUCCCCCGGGAGCCCCUCCACCUCCCCCACCCCCUCCUCCUCUACCUCCACCUGCUCCUCCCAUGGCCGGGAUGGCCCCUCCAGCGCCACCACCGCCACCUCCCAUAGCUGUGGCCCCUGGACCUGGUCUGGGACCCGCUCCAAUGUCCCAGUUUGGAACCAUCUCGCGGCAGAUUUCGCGGCACAACUCUUCCAACUCCUCUGUCUCUAUGGUUUCGGCCACGGGCACCUACCGGCGGGCGCCGUCGGUCACUUCGCAGUUCUCCUUGCAGCAGCAGCAGCAACAACAGCAGCAACAGCAGCAGCAGCAACAGCAGCCUCAUAUUAAUGGAGGCACUCCUGGCUAUGGUCAGAACUCAAUGUCUAUCGCUCCUCCUCCUCCCCCCAUGCCCCAGCUGACUCCACAGAUACCUCUGACUGGCUUUGUGGCCAGGAUGCAGGAGAGCAUUGCAGAUACUCCUACUCCACCUCCCCCUCCUCCUCCGGAUGACAUGCCCAUGUUUGACGACUCGCCACCGCCUCCGCCGCCUCCUCCGGUGGAUUACGAGGAGGAAGACGCCGCAGUCGUGCACUACAACGACCCCUACGCCGACGGAGACCCCCAGUGGGCUCCCAAGAGCUACAUCGAGAAAGUGGUGGCCAUCUACGACUACGCCAAGGACAAGGACGACGAGCUGACUUUCAUGGAGGGCGCCAUCAUUUACGUCAUCAAAAAGAACGACGACGGCUGGUUCGAAGGCGUGUGCAACGGCACCACCGGCCUCUUCCCCGGCAACUACGUGGAGUCCAUCAUGCACUACGCCGACUGAAGGGACCUUUCAGUUAAAGUACAGCAUAUUUAUUCAGUCAUAUCACAAUCCACUGAGAGACUGACGGCAGAAAUCUGACUCCCGAGAUGCAUAACCACGUGAUCCCCCCCCCGCCGCCCUUUUUCUUUUGAUAUGACGGAAUGUUUUUCCCUUACUGAUUGCAAAUAAAAUGACAAAGGUAUAUCUAUUUAGUUAAUUUUGGUGUUAUGGACAGGUGGGGAACAUUUAAGGAACAUGUAAAAUAAACUUUUUUUUUUUUUUAUGAAUUGGACUGCACAUGCUCACACAGUUGAAGGAUGUACGGUGAGAUCUUGCCUGAACAAAACACUUUGAACAAGAGUUUUUAGGUUUCGAUGGAACAAAUAAAAAUGUAACGUAAGCACCUUCAGUGGAAGUGUUUGUACCGUUGGUUGUACAUAAUCCGAGCUGCAGCCACUCCGGGAGGGAAGGGGGGGUUCUGUAAUGUAAAUUCAGUGAAUGUCGAUCAUAUGAUGCUUUUCAUUAGUGGUGCCGCCCUCCUCCUCCUCAACUCUGUAAAUGACAGAUGGACUGUUGGUGAUUCGCAAAUAAAUACUGUAAAUCGUAUUUCAAAGGAAAGAAAACUUACUGCGGGAAAAUCAGUCUCAGCGUCAAAGCAUGCAAAAUUUUUCAAGAGCUAAUGUAAUUUUAAGUUUAUUGCCAUUAUCCUUCCAUUAUGUUGUAAAUGUAUACACCUUUGCUUUCUUAUUACACUCUUGAAAUCACUUUUUAAAAAAACUGAAGUAAAUGACAGGCUCGUCCCUUUUAUCGCCGCCUUUUAAAUUUCAUGAAUUUGGGUCCAUCUAAAGCAAAGACAUUCCAUCCAUUUUCAGCUUAUUAUGGAGCAUUUUAGGAUUCACUGUUGAUUUUAUAUGCAGAAAAUGUGGAAGAUCUUUCGGUGACUGGCAGGAAUAUCAUUCCUGUGCGUAUGGGUGACAAAUUAAAUGAAAAACAUGAACCCGUGACCCCCAACCUUAACGUGAAGGGACAGUUUAGAUCCUCAAACCUUGUCUUUUGUGCCCUGCUUCUGAACCUGUGCACUACAAUUUUAGCAAAGUAAAGAUGAGGACAACCACAGCACAGGGUUUUUUUCUAACUAAGUGUUGAAACAUUUCUAACCCUUUCUAGGUUACUAAUAAUCACGGGCACAGAGGGGGUCACUGGAUCAUUUGUGUAUGAAAACUGUGAUUAUGCCCUUUGGAGUCACCAGAUCUCAUCACCAUCAUGAAAACCGCAAAUUGUUUUAACCUCUCCGUUAGCCUGGCAAACACUUCCUGCAAUUUGUCACCUGAGAGUGGAAUCGUCCUGCCCCAAAACUGCCACGUGACAAUUCAGAUGUGAUAACGUAGACCAUUUAAGCAACUAGUACCUCCUCGGUCUUCUCAAAGCACCACUGGCCCCGUCUGGGUUCAAAGACCGCGCUGACUGCUAGGAACGUGUAAUCCUCUGGGCUGCACGGGUGUAUAUAAUACAUUAUCUCCAGUAUAAAUCAGCCAGUCCAUACGUAGGUGUCUCUCAGGUAUAAGAAUCAUCAUCUUGUACUUUUUCAUGCUGGUUCUGUCAUCUAACAUGACCUCCAAAUGCAGUGUUAAACCGCUACCUGCUGUGGUCACCUUUCACCCACUUUAUUUCCAGCUCAGUUUCAUCAUAGAUCUCUCUCUGCCCUUCAUUUGUACAUAAUAAAAUGUUGAUUGAGAAAUUUAUGUACAGUGUUUUAUAAUAAACAAAUCUAUGUACAACA